AUGACGAGUUCGACACUGCGAAUGAGUGGGGACGUUGUGCAGCAGACCCAGGAAGGACAUCGAUGUGGCAAUGGGGGAGGAGAAACCGAGGCAAAUUCUAUCGAGAAACCAACCUUGCGCUGUCCGGAGUGUCUAAAUGUUUUCUAUACAUGGUCAAGACUUACUGCACACUUGAACGCCUCCGCCCACUUUUCCGCGAGGUGUGUAACGUGCGGAGAGCAACUGCGCUGCUACGGGCCCACACACCCGUAUCGGCAUGAAGCCGCAACUGGGCACUUUGGUUUUAUUGGCACAUUUUACAUUCGUAUUGAUUACCGGUUGGAUCAUCCUCCUGUGCUUUCCCACCCACAGUAUCGUUGUGUGUGUCGCGUGACCUUCCUCUGCCCCCUGCAGCUUGCACUUCACUUACGUAUGGACCACGGUGUGACAGUGAUCCCCAACGUCGCCGUAUGCCGCACGUGUAACAUUCAUGGGUCUCUUACCGAGUUGGCAGCGCACAGGAUGGAGCGGUUGGUGCUCAAAGAAGAUGAUGUGAUUGAAGUUCCCGGGUUUUCUCCUGCCCCGUAUCUGGUGCGUUGGCCAAGGCUGCCACCAUGGCCUGUUCAGAUAAAACCUUAUGCUGUCCUUUAUCAGUGUCCUAUCUGCAUCUUGGUUUUUUCCUCGUGGGAUGCCAUGGAGAAUCACAUCGAGACGAAUAGUGUUUGCCAAUGCAUGUUGGACACGAUUGGUGCUCGUUCCGAAAAUACAUCACACGCCGCUGGUGGUCAUCGCUUCUCACAAGAGGAGUUUGAGGUUCUCUUGGACACAAGUGAGUCGGAACUCUUGUCACUGCUGCAGCGGGGUUUGCAACAACAAACUUGUGACUCGGAUCAGGUUGAGGAUCUUAUGCUGGUGUUUCAGUGUCCAGAGGAAGCCUGCUCCCGUAUUUUUCUUACGCACGGCGAACUGCAGGAGCAUAUGGAACAGCACGCCCACUUCCCUGUUACACCCAAAGAGAAAACGGACGGUGUGAUCCAAAGUGGAGUCUCCUGGAAGUGGAAUAUCUCUGACUACGAGGUGAUGUGUUCGGCGAGGCGUCUGGUCGAGGAAUUUGGUUUGUCAAGAUGCUCCCUCUGCUCCCGGGUGGUGUCGCACGGCCUGGAGACUCACAACCAGUUAUUUCACCCGACAGCGUAG